AUGAUCUACGAUACAGGGGCCUCUAUCAAUAACGAGACCUCAACUGAGACACGGACUGAAAGCCACAGCAUCACCGACGCUGACGUCGUUGAGGCGCUACAGAAGGGUAUCCGCGAAGCUACCAGGGAGGAGCUGAUUAACCACGGAGAGGCGUCGCUGUAUUAUGACUCUCUGACCAUGUCGCCCUUGAACGCUAUGUCCGCUGCCGCUAUUGCUCGUUUCCGUGCAUACAAGCCUCCUCCAUUUCCACUAUGGGAUCGUCUACCCGUUCGAAGACGGGCUGCUGUCUUGAUACUGCUGUAUGCUGACCGUCGCGGCGAUUUACGCGUGGUUAUUACCAUGCGCGCUGCAAGUCUAAGGAACUUUUCUGGUCAUGCUGCCUUUCCUGGGGGCAAGGCAGAUGAUCUUGAAGAGACACCAUUCCAAAUCGCCCGCCGAGAAGCUUGGGAAGAAAUUGGACUUCCCAUGGAUGAUAGCAAACUUCCUAAACCCUUCCGUGUCGAGCAUCUUUGCUAUCUACCCCCUUCUUUAGCUCGGACACACCUCGUCGUGAGACCAUGCGUUGCAUUCCUCCACGCGGACCAGCGGACAGCAGGAGAACCCGCACCGACUGUUGAAGAAACCAUGAUUCCUAGACUUGACGCGCGCGAAGUCGCCGCCGUCUUCAGUGCGCCCUUUUACAAUUUCCUUCAGGCGCAAGAUCUCCCUCCCGCCCCUGGCGAGACGCUGCCUGAAGGACAAUGGUACGAUGGCUUCUGGAAUCACUGGAAAGACCACCCCUGGCGGGUACACAACUUUUACGUCCCAGUCAACAACCAAAGCAUCUCGAAGCCACGGCGAGAUAGCGAGCAAAGCCGUUUGGGUGAUAAGCUAGAAGAAGAGGAACCAGAUGGGAGAUUCAAGGUCUGGGGAAUGACGGCGCGCAUAUUGGUGGACGCAGCGAGAAUUGCAUAUGCACAGGAGCCUGGAUUUGAGCAUAACGACAGUUUUGGUGAUGAAGAGAUCAUUGCCCACGCGGAUAGCUUGGGGGACCUGGGGGAGAAAAUUCCAGAGAAGCGAGCUGAGCCUGGCGAUGCGUCAAAGAUGUAG